AUGAAUGAAGAUGGUGCUGUUGAAAGACCUAAGAGGAGUCAGCAUAUGCAGGGUCAUUUUGGAGGGUAUUCUAUGAGCGGAGAUACUAGUGAAUUUCUGAACAGGCAGUAUCAAAGAGUGAGUAAAUUUGGUAGCGGAAGGAAUUUUGCAAACAGAGGUAACUUUCUGGAGUGUCUUUUUCGAGAAAGGAGCAUUGUAGAAGGUUGUAGUACACAAAAUAGAGGUGUUAGAGGAUUUCCUUCUAGUAUUGAAGGUGAGCAAAGAGACAGACCUCAGUCUGGCAUUUUCCUUGGCUCUAGAAGAGGAGGAACAUUUGGAGGUGAUGCAGGUCCAAAGGUGACUUAUGUGCCCCCUCCUCCACCUGAUGAUGAACAAGCUAUCUUUGCACAUUAUCAGACAGGAAUUAAUUUUCACAAAUAUGAUGAAAACGUUGUUGAAGUGUCAGGACUUAACCCUCCAGCACCGUUACUGGCUUUUGAAGAAGCUAACCUCUGUCAGACUUUAAACACAAACAUUGUGAAAGCUGGAUUCUCUAAACUUACUCCGGUGCAGAAGUACAGCAUUCCUAUUAUACUGGCAGGAAGGGAUUUAAUGGCAUGUGCCCAGACAGGAUCGGGAAAAACUGCAGCUUUUCUUGUACCAGUUGUGGCCCACAUGAUGAGAAAUGGCGUAACUGCCAGUAGGUUUAAAGAGCAGCAAGAACCAGAGUGUAUUAUUGUUGCCCCAACUAGAGAACUCAUAAAUCAGAUCUUCCUAGAAGCAAGGAAAUUUGUGUAUGGAACUUGUAUAAGGCCUGUUGUGAUCUAUGGAGGUACACACACAGGCCAUUCAAUUCGUCAGGUAAUGCAAGGCUGUAAUAUACUAUGUGCCACUCCGGGAAGGCUUCUAGACAUUAUAGGAAGAAAGCAGAUUGGUUUGCGUAACGUGAAAUAUUUGGUGCUAGAUGAAGCGGACCGCAUGCUUGAUAUGGGUUUUGGGUUAGAUAUGAAGAAGCUGAUUUCUCACUCAACCAUGCCACCAAAAGACAAACGUCAGACACUGAUGUUUAGUGCCACUUUUCCUGAAGAAGUUCAGAAGCUGGCUGGUGAAUUUUUGAAAAGUGAUUAUUUAUUUGUUGUUGUUGGACACAUGGGUGGAGCUUGCAGUGAUGUUCAGCAAAGUAUUCUUCAGAUUCCUCAGUAUUCCAAGAGGGAUAAACUGAUAGAAAUUCUGCAAAGCAUAGGUCAUGAACGAACCGUGGUGUUUGUGGACAAAAAGAAAAAAGCAGACUACAUUGCAGCCUUUCUUUGUCAACAAAAAAUAACAGCCACUAGCAUCCAUGGAGAUAGAGAACAGAGAGAGAGAGAAAUAGCUCUGCAGGAUUUUCGUUCUGGAAAAAGUCAAGUUCUUGUGGCAACUUCUGUGGCAGCAAGAGGUCUGGAUAUUGAAAACGUUCAACAUGUUAUUAAUUUUGACCUUCCUUCCACCAUUGAAGAGUAUGUACACAGAAUUGGACGAACUGGUCGUUGUGGAAAUAUAGGCAAAGCAGUUUGCUUCUUUGAUAACAGUUCAGAUGGCCAUCUUGCACAAUCGCUAGUUAAAGUGCUCUCAGAUGCCCAGCAGGAAGUUCCUGUUUGGUUGGAAGAAAUUGCUUUUGGUUUUCAAGGAGAAAGAGUCUUUACAUCAGUUAAUACCCAUAAG